CGGAGCUUGUCGUUUCAUUGUACGGCUGCUGAUGCUGAGAGAUCGCGCCGAGAAAUAUGUAGGACCAUGAUUGCGGAUUUGGGGUUUAUAGGCCGUGGCAUAUCGCUAAGGAUUGUUUUCUAGGUAUUCUGACUGCAAGGAUAAUGAGGAAAAGAAGGAACUGGAAACGACAGUGUAACGUGAAGUGAUGGAUGAGUGAGAGUGUUUGAAGAACCUCUGCAUCUGAUCCAAUGGCGAAGAAAGCUCGCACUAAGGGCGAGAAGCCUGAGGCGCUCAUCUCUGCCUUACAGGCAGCCAAUGAAGAUCUCAGGUCCAAACUAACUGAAAUUCAAAUCGAACUGCAUCAAGAAAAAUGCAAGGUGACCAAGCUGGAGCGAGAGAAGGUACAGGAAGGAAAGCGCAUCCGUGAGCAGGAGCAGCACAGGCACACUGUGACAUUGACGGAGCAGCGCGCCCGCUGGCACGAAGAAAAGCUUAAGGAGCUUGCCUCGCUACGGGAAUCGCUAACAAAGCAGCAUGAACAGGAACUAGCCCGUACGGCUAAGAUCAAAGAAGGCGAGAUCCAGCGUUUGCGGACUGCACUUAGUGCACUGCGCGAUGGCAGUGGCGAGAAAGUACGUACUGCGCUAACGCUAGAGGCCCGAGAGGAGGCCCGGCGAUUCUUCGACCAGGAGCGUGUAAAACUGCUGCAGGAGAUAGCGGAGCUGAAGUCCACCAAACGGCAGACGGAUGAAGCGCUGAACACGGUUAUUUUAGCCGACAAGAUGAAGGCGGGUGACUUGCGCUCUGAGCAUCAUGCACACCAGGAACAAAUUACCAAAAUUAAGUGGGACUGUGAGCGAGAUAUUCGACGAUUGGUGGAUGAAAUCAAGGCAAAAGACAGAACGAUCUUUGCUUUGGAGAAGGAGCUGGAAACAGCGGCAGGUUUCAUGCAGAAGUUGCAGCUUCAGAAGGAUGCGCUCGAUGAGCAGCUGUUUCUGGUCAAAGAGGCAGAAUGCAACCUAGGAAGCCCGAAGAGAGAGAUCCCUGGCCGCGCCGGAGACGGUGCAGAGCAUUGCGGGAGUCCGGACAUGAGAAGAAACCAGAAACGCAUCUCUGAACUCAAAUCCACCAUCCGUAAACUGGAAGACCGCAACACAAUCUUAGUGGAUGAAAGAAAUGAACUGUUGAAGCGUGUGCGGGAAGCAGACAAACAGUGCAAGCCUCUGCUGGAGAAGAACAAAUUAUUGAGCAAGAAAAAUGAUGACCUGAGCCAUUCGCUCCAGAGGAUGGAGGAUAAACUCAAAUCAUUAACCAAGGAGAACUUGGAGAUGAAGGAGAAGAUCACGUCUCAUCCUCCACUGAAGAAGCUGAAGUCUCUGAACGAUCUGGAUCAGGCCAAUGAUGAUCAGGAGAUCGAGUUCCUCAAGCUGCAGGUUCUGGAGCAGCAAAGCAUGAUCGAUGAGCUCACACGAGAUAGAGAAAAACUCUUGAGGAAGAAGAGACAUAAACGAAGCAGACCAAUAAAGAGGCACAUUGUUGUAGAUACGUUUUAUGGGUAUGAUGAAGAGUCGAUGGAUUCAGAGACUUCCUCAGUGGCUUCCCUGCGUGUGGAUCGAACUCCAGCCACACCGGAUGAAGAUUUAGAUGAGGGUCUGGCGGCUGAAGAGUCAGAGUUGCGGUUUAAGCAGUUGACGAGGGAAUAUCAGGCUCUUCAGAGAGCAUACGCUCUGCUACAGGAACAGAAAGGAGGUGUACUGGAUGCUGAAAUGGAAGCCAAGGCCCAAGAGCAGCUCCAUGCAGACGCUCAGAGGCAUAAGGCCAAAAUUGAGGACUUGGAAAAAGAGCUUGCCUUAAAAGGACAGGACUCUAAAUGGGUGGAAGAGAAGCAGUUGUUCCUCAGACGCAAUCAAAAGCUGCUGGAGAAGGUUGAUAAAUUGGAGAUUGAGAGUGGAAAGCUUCAUCAGGAACUUCAGGACUCUAAAGAUCAGAAUGAACUGCUGGAGUUUCGCAUACUAGAGCUGGAGGAGCGUGAGAGGAGGUCACCGUUUACCCUACAAAUCCACCCUUUUUCUGAGGGAGUGAGUGCCCUACAGAUCUACUGUAUAAAGGAGGGAGUAAAGGACGUGUGUAUACCCGACCUCAUCAAACUGUUGGAUAUACUGGGAGAUAACGGGAAUUUAAGGAAUGAGGAGCAGGUGGCCAUUAUUCAAGCAAGCACUGUUCUGUCUCUUGCUGAGAAGUGGAUUCAGCAGAUUGAAGGUACAGAAGCAGCUCUGCAUCAGAAGAUGAUGGACCUGGAGCUGGAGAUGGAGAUGUUCUGUAAGCAGAAGGGGUAUCUGGAGGAGGAACUGGACUACAGGAAGCAGGCGCUGGACCAGGCCUACAUGCAAAUCCAGGAGCUGGAGGCGACUCUGUACAACGCAUUGCAGCAGGAUAAAGUGAUAAAGUAUGGAGAACCGUUGGAUGAGCUGCAGAAGGAUGAGUUGCGGAUGGCGGUUGAGAAACUGCGCAGACAGAUGCUACGGAAGAGCCGAGAGUACGACUGUCAGGUGCUGCAGGAAAGGAUGGAGCUGCUCCAUCAGGCUCAUCAGAGGAUCAGAGAUCUGGAGGAUAAGACAGAUAUACAGAAGAGACAGAUUAAAGAUCUAGAGGAGAAGUUUUUAUUUCUGUUUUUAUUCUUCUCUCUUGCCUUUAUUCUUUGGCCUUGAUGUCUGUGACAUCUUCCACUGCACAGGAUUUGAAGCAACCAGGAACUGUCGCAUGCAACUGCAGUUUUCCGGUUGUAAUGACUCAAGGCGUAUUAAUGGCUGUUUUGUUUAGCUUGUGUGGAAGUGGGAAAUUCUGAGUUAAUGAUUAUGGAUUUUAUUGGGAUUAUCUGCAACACUGCACAGGAUAUAUCUUCUGGAUUAUAGAUGCAAACCCUUCUGUGGAGUACCAAAUGUUUGAAAUCACACUUGCAGACCAGGGUGACAAAAACAUAUAAUCAUCAACUGGAGCAUUAUGGAUUAUCUCUGCCAUGCAGGGACCUGCCAUAACCCUGUCUCUACUGCAUCUACUGUGACUGCUACCAACCACAACCCACAAACUUCCCUCUUUCUCUCCUCCUAUUCACACUUUGGGAAAUUAAAAGCAAAUGGACGCCUUUGUGGACACACACACACAUGAGUUAUCAGCACUGACUCAGGGCCUGUUAGUGAGGUGACAGUUGCAUCUCUGUUGUCAGGACCCAUUAGGAGAGGUGUCUUCCUCACUGCCUGAAAACAGAAAGGAAAAAGAGACAGCCUGAGAGAGAAAGAGACCGUCCACUACAAACCAUCCACGCAAGCGGUUCUUUUUUUACCACUAGAUAGUUGAGGAAUUAUUUUAUUCCUGUCAUUGGGCCUCAUUCAUGAAACAAGAGUGAAUCGAAUUUCUGUGUAAAACAAAUUAACACAAAUAAAACCAUAUGUAACAAGUAAAAUCAUUCUUCUGUAAAUUGUGGCAUCAUGCGCCAGUUGAUGUACUGUAAGUAAAACCAAUCUUAUGUAAACUGUUGUAUCAUGCGACAGUUCAUGCAAAUAAAACCAUAAGUUGCCACAUCAUGCCACAGUUCACAAUAGUAUAUCCAUUCUUAAGUAAAGUGCCGUCAUAUGUAAAAUAUUACAUAAGUAAAACCAUUAUUUUUUAAAUUGUUGCAACAUGCGAUAGUUCAUGCAAGGAAAAGCAUUUUUGUGUAAAUUGUUGCAUGAUACGACGGUUCACGCAAGUAAAACAGUUCAUACGUAAAUUGUCGCAUCGUGUAAUGGUUCAUGCGUGUAAAACAAAAUGUACGUAAUUUGUUCCAUCAUGUAAUGGUUUACGCAAGUAAAACCAUUCUUACGUAAAUUGUUGCAUCAUGUACAGUAAAACCAUUUUACUCAAAUUGUUGCAUCAUGCCACAGUUCACUCAAGUAAAACCAUUCUUGCAUAAAUUGUUGUAUUAUGCGACAGUUCACAGGAUUAAAACUUUUUACGUAAGUGGUCGCAUCAUGCAACAGUUUAUGCAAGUAAAUUGUUGCAUCAUGCAACAGUAAAACCAUUUUUGCGCAAAUUGACGCAUCAUGUGACAGUUCACACAAGUAAAACCAUUCUUAUGUAAAUGGUCACCAGUUGUUCUACAUGGGUUUUUCCAGAAUGAGGCCCAUUGUCUCAUAAUAUUCCAUGUAUAUGAUUAAAGUACCUCUCUAUGACUGCAGUGUAAUAUAUAUGUUUGUUGAUAUGUAAAUGUGUCUCUAUUUCUUCCUAAUGUGAAUACACUUCUCCUGCAGCUUGAGCAGUAGAAUCAAUCUGCAGUUUAGAAUUUAAGGAAUAUAAAUUGCAAUGUAUAUUGUGGUGAUGGCUGCAGAUGAAAAUGGUUCUGCCUUUCUCGAUUGUCCCUGUAUUUAAUCAUUCCCCUGUGCCCUGUUCUUUUCUACUCAGCUGUAGUAUACUGUACCAGCAGGACUUUCACUAAUUGGUUUGUACUGAAUGAUCUUUUUAACUCCCUUUAAUUGGCUGUGUCUCUGGCUUUUAAAUACAUUUUGGGGCAUUCUGUAUACCAGGUUCGACUUCAUUACAUUAAAGUCUAAAUACCUCCUCAGAAAUAUGUCUUUUUUUUCCUUCUUUUUUCAUAUUUGCAUUCUUAGAAGAGAACAGACUGAUCUUUACAUCGAUCUGAUUGUAGUCAGACUGGAAUAAUAUGAUCAUUUAAAUUAAAUUAUAUAUAUAUUCUAGGUUAUGUAGUUGCAGUCCCACAUUGGAGGAUAUACAUUCUAAUAUUGUUGUGACAUCAUUGGAGGGUAAAAGUUCCAAUAUUGUUGUGGCAUCAUUGGGGGCUAUAUAUUCCAGUAUCAUUUUGACUUUAAUGCAGGCUACAAAUUCCAAUAUCAGUGUGACAUCAUUGGAGGCUAUAUGUUUCAUUAUCAUUGCAACAUUAUUGAAGGCUAAA